AUGAGGGCUGUGGCAAUCCUGCUGUCCCUGUUCCUCGGCGUCUCCGCCCAGCAUGGGUCCCAGUGGUCCUACUCAGAGGGGGCACUGGACCAGGAACGCUGGGCGGAGCAGUACCCAACCUGUGGUGGGAAGAGGCAGUCGCCUAUCAACUUGCAGAAGAAACUGAUAGAGUACAACCCCACCCUGAAGGGGCUGAACCUGGUGGGCUACGAGGCCCAGAACCUGAAAUUCUCUAUGAUCAACAAUGGCCACACAGUGCAGAUUUCCCUGCCCCAGACCAUGCACAUGACAACCGCUGAUGGCACAGUGUACAUGGCUCAACAGAUGCACUUCCACUGGGGCGGUGGGUCUUCGGAGAUGAGAGGCUCUGAGCAUACCAUUGAUAAGAAAAGAUAUAUGAUUGAGGCUCAUGUUGUUCACUAUAACUCUAAUUACAAGAACUACGAUGUAGCCAAAGAUCAUCCCGAUGGGUUGGCUGUACUAGCAUUUUUCUUCGUGGAGUCCCAUGAUGAUGCUGAAAACCCUCAUUACACUGAGUUCUUGUCCCACUUGAAGAACAUAAGGUACCCAGGACAGAGCACAACUCUGAGUGGUUUUGAUAUUAAGGACAUGCUGCCCAGAAAUCUCCAAGACUACUAUACCUACCAUGGCUCACUCACCACGCCUCCUUGUACCGAGAAUGUCCUCUGGUUUCUGCUGGCAGAGCCUGUCAAGCUCCCCAAGAAACAGAUUUUGAAGUUAGAGAACUCCUUGCUUGAUAACCAGAACAAGACCCUCCAGAACGCUUACCGCCUGACCCAGCCCUUGAACGACAGAGUGGUGCAAGCGAACUUCGAGCAUUUUUCUUACACCCGCAGUGAGUGA